AUGACCACAUUAAGUCUCAACAAGGUAAAUCUGGUUUAUUUCGAUAAGCUUUUUGUCGACAAGAAUAACACUGCACUAUCAGCUGCCAUAAAGGCGAAGGUGCUCCUUGUGGACCACCAUACAAUGCCUAUAAUAUCUAUGAGCCAUACCCAAUCCCAGCUUCUUCAGCAUGAUGUGAUUCUCAUUGAAAUGCUCGAAAACAAUCACAAUUUGACCACCAUGAAACAUUUGAAUUGUAUCGUCUACAUAAAGCCUAUCAGGGAGUCGAUUGCCAUGCUCUGCCAAGAGUUGAGCUCACCACAUUAUCAUCAUUACCAGAUAUUCUUUAGUAACACAGUCUCCAAGAGUGAUCUAGAGAAGAUGGCACAAGCAGACGAAUUUGAAGUGAUCAAUCAGGUUAUGGAGAUCUUUCUGGAUUAUUCGAUAGUGAACGACAACCUUUUCACCAUCUCUUUGUCGAAUGACAUUACCUCUCCCAAACACACUGCAACCAUCCUGGAGUCAAACAGUCUUCUGAGCCUACUUUUGUCGUUGAAAAAAACUCCUGUCAUCAAGUACGAAACGACAUCGAUUGAGUCCAAGAAGUUGGCAUCGGAGAUUCUCUAUUACAUCAAUUCGAAUUCCAAUAAUAAUUUAUUUGACGACUUGAACAGAAAGAGUGAUAUGCCUCCAGUUUUGCUUCUUCUCGACAGAAAAAGUGAUCCUCUUACGCCUUUAGUUACUCCUUGGACUUAUCAGUCGAUGAUUCACGAGCUUAUCGGAAUCGACAGGAAUAUAGUGAACUUGAAGGAUUCAAGCGAGCAGCUCACCUUAUCCGAAACUAUGGACGUAUUCUACCUGGAGUCCAUGUAUUUGAACUAUGGAGAUUUGACGGACAAGUUCCAGAAAUACGUGGAUGAGUACAAGAAACAAACGAAACAGAGCUCUAUCGAGAACCUCAAAACACAGGACUUGUCUGAGUUGAAGAAGAUUUUAACGAAGUUCCCCGAGUUUAAGAAGCUUUCCAACAACAUUUUAAAGCACUUGAAUAUCAUCAGUGAGAUUGAUAAGCAGAUCUCGUCCCAGAACCUAUGGGCAGUGGGAGAACUUCAACAAACAAUCGUUUGUGAGUUGGAGAGCCAUCAAAGCAUUAAAACGAAGUUGAUGGAUUUGAUUGCAGAUCCACACAUUUCAACCGAGAACAAGGUGAAGGUGCUCAUUCUUUAUGUCGCAAAGUUUCCAAACAAUCAUUCUGAUUUGAGUGCACUUCUUGCUAAGCUCAACGAUCCGAUCACCACCACUCCACCUCCCACUAUUUCACAGCAAUCGCUCAUAAGGAACUUCGGAAAGUACUUCGGACGGGCUAAAAAGGUUCAAGCGCCAGUUAACAAUAACGAUACUAAUAUUGGUAAAAUGUUCAAUACGAAUCGCAUUAAGAUCCAACAACUUUUCAACACCAACUCAAAUGCUCAUGGCAACAACAUGCCCAAGACUGACAAUAUUUUCAUGCAAUACAUUCCAAGGCUCAAUGAUAUUUUGACACUGAUCACCACCAACCCUCUGCAAUCACAGCAGAAUUCGUCCCCUUCAAAUGACAUUGCAACCUUGGUUCCAGACGUUGUGUCCAAUCAAUACGGUAAGACCAAUGGCAUACCCGCUCAAGAAGUUAUUAUAUACUUCAAGGGCGGAGCCACAUAUGAGGAGGCACGUCUUAUACAUGAUCUCAGUGUGAUGAAUCCAAGAGUGAAAUAUAUUAUUGGAGGAGACGGGGUUUUGAAUAGCAAGCAAUGGUUGGAGAAUAUGUGUGAUAUCGUUAAUGGGGCUACAGAAGGUGACUCUCUCCAGACGGACCGCAGAGCGCAGCUCCGGGAGAUUCUUUAG